AUGCGUCUCGCUCAAUCCACCCUCUUCGCGGCCUCCUUGGCCUGCAGCAUCGUUCCUCCCGCUCUGUCGGCUCCUCUCACCUCCCUUCCCCGAUUCCUCUUCGCCAGAAGCGGGGAUGACCUCUCUCGUCAACUCAUCGACCAGCCUACUGCUCUGGAUCGUUUCAUGCUCCUAAACACAUCCGUCAAUAACUUUAUCUUCAACUUCUUCGACAACUCGAGCACAACCCCCGGACCGGAUGGUAGCAUCGUCCUAGCGACGGCUGAGAACUUCCCGAGCACAGUCGGCAAUGGCGUGGCUAUGGGUGUUGGAUCCAUGGGACCGUGUGGAUUGAAGGCGUCUGAGGUACUCUUCGUCUCCACAGGCAACUUGGUAUUCGGCCAGAUCCAAGAGAACGGCGCGACAUUUGUGACUGGUAUGCUCAACACCGGUGAAGCGACGGUGUUCCCCCAGGGCUCAAUCCAUUUCCAGCAGAACACUGGUUGCGACCCUGCUCAAUUCAUCGCCGGUUUUGGCUCUGAAGAUCCCGGUCGUCUCGACAUCGCCCCGGCGCUCUUCCAAGACCUCCCGGCAUCAAUCGUGAACGCAACGCUCGGCGGCAUCGGCGUCCAGGAAGUCUCGGAAGUUGCCGCCAUGAUUCCGCUCGAUGUCGCGUUUGGAACCCAGGCCUGCCUCGACCGCUGCAACAUAACCCGGCCAGGUCAAUGGACCUCUGAAGCGAUCGCGGAGGCCAAGCGACAGUUCGACGAGUUCAUGAAGCAGGGACCAGUCAAGCCUGCCGACUUCAAAGGACUGCCUUCUCACUGA